UUGAAGAUUUGUGUACCUCUAGUGAAAGUCCUCAGAUUAGUUGAUAGUGAAGAUAGACCUUCUAUUGGAUAUUUAUAUGAGUCUAUGGACAGAGCCAAGGAGGCCAUUAGAGAUAAUAUGAAGGGAAAAAAGAAGUUGUACAUGCCUAUAUGGAAGAUUAUAGAUGAAAGGUGGUCUGGACAACUUCAUUGCCCACUUCAUGCAGCAGCCUACUACCUAAAUCCUGCUAUUAGAUAUUUUCCCACUUUUAAGAAGGACAGAGAGGUCAAGUAUGGCAUGUUGGAUUGUAUUGACGUAUUAGUAAGUGAUAGUGAAGAACAAGAUGCUAUCCAUAUGUCGAUCAACAAAUAUGAUACGGCUUCUGGUACCAAAGCGAGAGACACAGCAGUUCGAUGCAAGACAACUAUGCGUCCAGAUUUGUGGUGGGAAAGGUUUGGGCCUGAUUGCCCAGAAUUAAGGAAGCUUGCAAUUAGAAUUCUCAGACAAACAUGUAGUGCAACUGGAUGUGAAACAAAUUGAAGUGUAUUUCAGCACAUCCACAGUAAGAAAAGGAAUAGGCUGGAACAUAAAAGGUUGAAUGACUUUGUUUACGUUCGU